UGUGUCCAUUAUUUUGAAAUGCGAAGCCGGAAGUACUGCUUUCAACAACGACAACUUGUCGUUUACUAAAUACUAGCAGCAAGGUCGAGCACCGCUGCUGCUAACGUGACAUUUUGACAAGCGUUACCAAGACCAUGACGCAGUCUGACCGCAUGUCAGAAACGUGUCUGGGUUGCUAACAUGCAGCUACAAUGAGGCAGUUGCAUCAUCAGCGUACAACAUUCAAAUUCUGCCUCAGCGUCAGCGACUUGUCGUCUCAUUUUUACAGAGUAAGUUGAGAUUAGCAUUUCCACAAGUGACAACUAGAGCCUGACAGGACCUAGCUGGGAUCGUCGCCGGGGGAUCAUGAGCUCCGCUUCUAAUCCCGGUACCGCCGCACAGACGGGGCUGUCCGGUAAACCCGUCCCCGCCGUUACGUUGGCCGGACAUGUCCAACAGGUCUUCAGCCACGUGAAGGUGGAAAACCUCGUCGCGGGACUGAGCGGGGGAGUGGUGUCAACACUGGUGCUACACCCCCUGGACCUGGUCAAAAUCAGGUUCGCAGUAAGCGAUGGAUUGGAAUUAAGACCCAAGUACGGUGGCAUUAUGCACUGUAUGAAGAGUGUGUGGCAGCAGGAGGGACUGAGAGGACUCUACCAAGGAGUGACACCCAAUGUCUGGGGUGCUGGUGCAUCCUGGGGUCUCUACUUCUUCUUCUACAAUGCAAUCAAAGCGUACACGAAGGAAGGUCGUGUGACUGAACUGAGUGCGGCGGAGCACCUGGUCUCAGCGGCUGAAGCAGGCAUGUUAACGCUGACCAUAACAAACCCCAUCUGGGUGACCAAGACCCGGCUGGUGCUGCAGUACAGUGCCGAUCCGACCAGUAAGCAGUACAGGGGGAUGGUGGACGCUUUAGUCAAGAUCUACCGCAACGAGGGAGUGCCCGGACUGUACAGGGGUUACGUUCCCGGCCUGCUCGGUACCUCCCAUGGAGCUCUCCAGUUCAUGGCCUAUGAGGAACUCAAGAGAGACUACAACAAAUACAAGAAAGUGCCUUCAGAUGCAAAGCUGAAUCCAUUGGAAUACAUCGCGAUGGCAGCCAUGUCCAAAAUAUUCGCCGUGGCGACCACAUACCCGUACCAGGUUGUGCGAGCUCGUCUGCAAGACCAGCACAACAGAUACAAUGGAGUUGUGGACGUCCUCAGACGGACGUGGAGGAACGAAGGGGCCAUCGGUUUCUACAAAGGUAUCAUCCCCAACUUGAUACGCGUCACCCCCGCCUGCUGCAUCACCUUUGUGGUCUACGAGAACGUGUCUCGCUUCCUGAUGGGACAGAAAACUUGAGCCACGGCGAAAGGCCGGUGCGAAGGCGCUUCGAGCCGACCCCGGCGUUGCCACGCGGAGAGGGACGCAUUUCGGACUGAGAGGGAGCUGUCGACGUUCGGUGCAUGUGAAUGUGGCGGGAGCGAGAAGGCUUCGCUCGAAAAAAACCUGCCAAAGCGACCGGCUUUCAACACAAGUUGCAAAUCGAUACGCACAAUGAACUCACGGGGUGGAAAUGUGUUAACCCCCCCCACCCCAAAGAGAUAAUGCUGCUUUUAUGCUUUCUGCUUCCAUGCUGAUGUGUACUGUAAGAGUUUCAUGCUCUUUUUUUUAUUUAUUUCUUUUUUUAUUUAGCAGCAGUGGAUGAGUGAAAUAUGUCAUCACAUAGUAGUUAUGUUUACACUGAAUGCUUUCUGGAUACAGAAAGGAACACAGUCUGAACAUCAUCAUAUUAAAAAUCUCAGGUUUUCCAGUGGCAAGUACGUCUAACAUUAAUUUGGCCCAUUUUAGAUCCUGAUUUCCUGCCAUUUUUUUUUGUCUUAACACAUUUAUCCCUAAAUUAAUACAUUAUUUGUGGUGUGUUAUAAUAUUUUUUUUUAUUAUAGAAUCCAAUCCUUUACCUGCAUUGUCUUGAUGUACGUAAACACAUUUAAAUGUAUCACAUGAAGUGCAUGGCAUUUCCUGAAACUGUGCAAAAAGCUGGAUUGUUGGAGUUCUUUAAAAAAAAAAAAAGGACUUUAUUAACAGUAAUAAUGAAUAAAAACAGGUGACAUGAGUACAUUA